CCCAAAUUCAUCUUCUUGAUUUUGAUCAAUUCAUCAUCAUUCAAUCAAAAAGUUCAAUCAACAAGAAACAAACAAUGUGGACCACAAACAAAACCCAUUCAUCCAAUUCCGAUUUCACACCAACUGGGUUUCCGUUCUACACCCCACAGCGACGGAGUAACCACCGCACCUGCUCUUCCAAUCCGUUUCCUUCUCCGCCACCCGCCACCCGAAAACAGCUUCUGCCUACCUCUGAAAAGAAAUGGAAGCCCCCACAACCACACCCACACCCACAAUCACAAUCAAACAGUAAUAAUAAUAGUUUUCGUUUCAUACAUAAAGUUCCGGCCGGUGAUUCCCCUUAUGGCAGAGCCAAACAUGUUCAGUUGGUUGACAAGAACCCAAGCAAAGCUGUAGCUAUGUUUUGGGCUGCUAUAAAUCUUGGCGACCGAGUUGAUAGUGCACUAAAAGAUAUGGCAACAGCAAUGAAACAAUUAAAUAGAUCUGAAGAAGCAAUUGAGGCUAUCAAAUCUUUUCGUCAUUUGUGUCCACUUGAAGCACAAGAGUCUCUUGACAACAUUAUGCUUGAACUGUACAAGAGGUCUGGACGGUUAGAUGAGCAGAUACAUUUGCUUGAGUCAAGAAUAAAGCAAAUUGAGGAUUCUGCAAUGCAUAAUGUGAAUAGAACGAGAAUUGCCAGAUCUCAGGGUAAGAGAAUUCAAAUGACAAUGGGACAAGAGUAUUCGAGAUUAUUGGGCAACCUGGCAUGGGCUUACUUGCAGCUUGAUAAGUAUAAACUAGCAGAAGAGAUAUAUAGAAAAGCACUAUCAUUGGAGCCAGAUAAGAACAAGCAGUGUAACCUAGCGAUUUGCUUGAUGUACACAGACAGAAUGAUAGAAGGAAAAUUUCUACUAAAUAAUGUAAAAGAUUCCAACAGAAGUAGAGACGUGUAUGAAAGCUAUGCCAAAUCUUAUGAGCGUGCGAUCCAAGUGAUGCAUGAGUUGGAAUCCUGCAGUUUUGUCACGAGUUUCUCUAUGUUUCUUAGUAGAAACAAGGAAACAGAUUCUAGUGAAGAGGCUGGGAAUGACAACUGUGAUAGCAUGCAGCCUGAGACACCAUAUACUUACCAGAAACCUUGUCUUCUGCCUCUUAAUGGCAUCCCCAACACGCCAUACACACAACCUUGUGAUAAAGCUGGCCAUCUGAAUGGAGGAUGUUUAAGAAAGUUACAGUUUGGACAGCUUGCAGAAAACCAAGAUCUUGAGAUGAAACUACCAAGUAAACCAAGGAAAAGCUGGGCUGAUAUGGCAGAAGAAGAAGAAGAGUAUGGUGAUGAAAAUGUGGACUGCUUUAACACUGUGGAUAUCAGAGGUUGAAUAUUUUUCCAUAACAGCAACAAAGGUUGAAUCUUGUGACCUAAAUGAGUUUUAAACCCAACAGGAGCAGGUAGUAUAGUGUAAUGAUCUUUGGGUAUCACGAUAUUAGAGUUUUCAUCUAAGAGUACAGAAUAUGUAUGAAAUUUCAGUUUCUAUAGGUUCAAAUUGUCCGUUUGUUGUUUCGUUCUAGAGUUGAUAUAUUUUUUAUCUGGAUAUAAGAGUGUAAUAUACUAAAUGUAUGGAAUAUUCUUGAUUCUUUUGGUUCA